AGGCAGCACUUAUAUAUGGAACUGAUAGGUGGCACUGACUGGCACUGUUAGACGGCACUGAUAGGCAGCACACGGGCACUGAUAGGGGCACUGACUGGCACUGAUAGGCAGCUCAGAUGGGCACUGAUGUGGCAUUGAUGUGCACUGGUAGGCACUGAUAGCCACUGGCAGGUGGCAUUGAUGGGCAAUGACAGGCGGCACUGCUGGGGCUACACUGAUCAUCAGGGCACACUGAUCAUCACUGUCAGCGUGACAGCUUGUGAGGAGAGAAAUGCCGAUAACCGGCAUUUCCUUAUUUACAUGCAAUCAGCUGUGAUUUGGACACAGCUGAUCACAUGACA